CCGCCCGCCAUCGCGUCAUCGCGGCGCGCCGCGGAGCGCUGCCGGCCGGAGCCAUGUCGCCGCCGCUCUUCAGCCUGCCCGAGGCGCGGCUCCGCUUCACCUCUUCCACCAGAGAGGCCCUGCAUAACAAAACUAUCAAACCGCUGCUGAACGCAUUUAACCAGAUUCCUGGGAGUGAAAAUGAAAAGAAGUGUACCUUGGAUCAAGCUUUUAGAGUUAUUGUAGAAGAAGAAAUAAUAAAUAAAGCUCCAUGUGAAAAUCUCCUGGCAAUUAUUUCUCUUGCUAUUAAUGGAGUCACAGAAGGUAUCUGCACUGCAUCAACCCCUUUUGUGCUCCUGGGAGAUGUUCUGGAUUGCUUGCCUUUGGAUCAGUGUGACAAAAUUUUCACUUUUGUGGAGAAGAAUGUUGCUACAUGGAAAUCAAAUACGUUUUAUUCUGCAGGGAAAAAUUACUUGCUACGAAUGUGCAAUGAUCUUCUAAGAAGAUUAUCAAAGUCACAAAACACAGUCUUCUGUGGAAGAAUUCAGCUGUUCUUGGCUAGGUUAUUUCCGCUUUCUGAAAAGUCAGGACUUAACUUGCAGAGUCAGUUUAACCUGGAAAAUGUCACUGUUUUCAAUACCAAUGAACAUGAGAGCACGUUAGGACAGAAGCACUCAGAGGAAAGAGAUGAAGGAAUGGAGGUAGAAGAAGGUGAAAUGGGAGAUGAUGAAGCCCCAACAAGCUGUUCCAUUCCAAUAGAUUAUAACCUGUAUAGAAAAUUCUGGUCACUUCAAGAUUACUUUAGAAAUCCUGUGCAGUGCUAUGAGAAGGUCUCGUGGAAAACUUUUCUUAAGUACUCGGAAGAAGUUUUGGCUGUUUUCAAAAGUUACAAAUUGGAUGAUACUCAGGCUUCCCGAAAAAAGCUGGAAGAACUAAAAACAGGCGGAGAACACGUAUAUUUUGCAAAGUUCCUAACUAGUGAAAAGUUGAUGGAUUUACAGCUGAGUGACAGUAACUUUCGCCGUCACAUCUUGUUGCAGUAUCUAAUACUAUUUCAGUAUCUGAAGGGACAGGUCAAAUUUAAAAGUUCAAACUAUGUUCUAACAGAUGAACAAUCUCUUUGGAUUGAAGAUACUACAAAGGCAGUUUACCAGCUUCUUUCAGAAAAUCCUCCAGAUGGAGAAAGAUUCUCAAAAAUGGUAGAGCAUAUAUUAAAUACUGAAGAAAACUGGAACUCAUGGAAAAAUGAGGGCUGCCCAAGCUUUGUGAAAGAAAGAUCUCAGCCAGAGUUUCAGCUUGGGCCUCCUGAUUCUAAGCCAAUGAGGCCUGCGAGAAAGAGGCCAGCUCCUGAGGACUUCUUAGGAAAAGGACCAAACAAAAAAAUCCUUAUGGGGAAUGAGGAACUGACCCGCCUUUGGAACUUAUGUCCUGACAACAUGGAAGCCUGUAAAUCUGAGAGUAGGGAAUAUAUGCCAACAUUGGAGGAGUUUUUUGAAGAAGCUAUUGAACAAGCAGAUCCUGAAAAUAUGGUUGAAAAUAAGUACAAGGCUGUGAACAAUUCUAACUAUGGGUGGAGAGCAUUACGACUACUAGCACGCAGAAGUCCCCACUUCUUCCAGCCAACAAACCAACAAUUCAAGAGUUUACCAGAAUAUCUAGAAAACAUGGUAAUCAAAUUAGCCAAGGAGCUGCCUCCUCCUUCUGAAGAAAUAAAAACAGGCGAAGAUGAAGAUGAGGAAGAUAAUGAUGCUUUAUUAAAGGAAAACAAUGAAAGCCCGGAGGUGCAACGGGACAAAGCCAUGACGGGCGAACAAAUGGAGCUAUUUGCCAGCAGGCUGGGGGAGCACUGGAGGGCCCUGGCCCCCUACCUAGAAAUGAAGGAUUCCGAUAUCCGGCAGAUCGAGUCGGACAGCGAAGACGUGAGGAUGAGGGCCAAGCAGCUGCUGGUUGCCUGGCAGGAUCAGGAGGGCGCGCACGCGACACCCGAGAACCUGAUCACUGCCCUGAGCAAAGCCGGGCUCGCUGACCUCGCAGAGAGCCUGACCAACGACACUGAAAGCAGCAGCUGACGCCCUUCAGGUGCUAACUGGGGUCUGUGUUGAGGUAAUUGUAACAAUUGUUGCUAGGUAGUAGCCCUUUGAUAGGUGUCUGGUGUUCGAUAAACAAUAAAAACCUUUUUAUAAUGUUGUUCAUUGUCCAGGUUUUCUGAGAAGAGGGUUAGUCAGCAAGCUUUAGCUCGGAUGGGGGAAACACAAAAGGGAGGCUGUGUUUUUGUGGGGUUUCUCAGAGCAGGGAGUGGUGUGAGCGGCUCCUACACCAUCAGGUGCAGACCGUGAAAAUGUACCUGGGGCAAGUGUUUCUGAGGGCAGUGUGUUCACUGCAGUGAAGAACCUGCAGAGGCAGAGGGGUGCUUGUGCCAAAGGACUGGGUCUCCCUGUGCAGUAAUGCCUCUGGCACGAUACUGAACUGCGACAGACAAAUACCUUAUUUGUGAAGUGAUGUGUUGUUUUGCUGGAAGGCUGUGGGGUUUUGAAGGGGUACAAGCUGUUCCAGGUAGUUGUAUUAGUUCUUGCAAAAAAAAAAAAAAUCAAGAUUUUUGUGAUGUUGAGUUGUAGUUGGCGUGCAGCUUGGUUCAUGGCUCUGUCUUGCAGAAUUUCUACCGUUCAGUGAAAUCUCUAAUUACUGUUUGGAAAACUGUGUAUCACGAACCUUUUCUCUGCAGCGUAUAGUUCAGUUAUUAAAGCAUACCUGUGGACUUUC